CAGGUACUUGAAUGUGAAUUCUUCUUGUUAGAGAUGAUGGACUGUUGUUUAAUUGUGUACCACCCUUAUCGUCCUCUCACACAGUAUGUUGCAGAUCUUGGAAUGGAAGAUGCCAUUCUUCCAAUCGCUUGGCGCAUUUUGAAUGACAGUUUGCGCACUGAUGUUUCUCUUGUCUACCCUCCUUAUCAAAUUGCCUUGGCUGCAAUUUACAUGGCUUGUGUCAUUCAACAGAAAGAUGCUAAACAAUGGUUUGCUGAUUUGUCUGUUGAUAUGGACAAAGUACUGGAAAUAACACAAGAGAUUCUACAACUUUAUGAACUUUGGAAAAGUUAUGAUGAAAGGACUGAGAUUCCAGCAAUACUGAGCAGGGCACCUAAACCACAAGUGCGGCCAACAUCAGCAACACCGGGCCAAACACCUUCACCUAUUCCUCCAGAAUCUUAA